AUGACUAUUUACAACCUGUACAUAUUCGAUCGCAAUGGUACGUGCCUUUACUAUGAGUCUUGGAACAGAAGAAAGGAGUCAAACUUGUCAAAGGAUGAGGUACAUUCGAGUUGUUUGUCGCUGAUACUUGUAUGUUGUAUGUAACCUACCUUGUAUCACUUUGUAACGUGGGAGUAAUUUCUUACUGUGCAUUCUUAAAGCUUUAAAACGGGGUGGCCUUCGUGUGCCACCCUAACAUGUAAAUUUUAUCCAUCUGAAAGUGACAGCGGAAUACCCUGAAUAAUUUCUAUGAACCACCAUACCUUCAUAUGUUGCAUUAAGCGAUGAUAGCAUUUGUAGAGUCAUUUUCCCGUACCAACACUGAAUGUAGGAGGGUUGGUACAGUCUUGGUGCCAUCCUUGGCAGGUCCAGGUAGGGGGGGGUCUAGGGGGUGCUGCGUGGAUCCUCUCGUAAUAAAGCCAUCAGGGUCCUAGCCUGUUGCAGGCUCUCAGAUAGUGGGGAAGGCAUAUAGGCAGGGGCACCCAACGAGAAUAUAGUUCAAAACCACUUAAACAUAACAUUGUUAAACGUAUUUUAGUAUUUGAAUGGUAGAUAUAGGCAUAUUUUUAUCCCCUAAAAAUUUUUCAUCUGUUCAGAUUUCCUAGCUGAAAGUCUAGUGAUCUGAAAAUUAUAGGGAUUAAAACUUACCUUUUUGAAAAUUUCAGCCGGAAAAAGGCUCCCGAAAAUUCUAGGUGACCUUUUUAGGGUAAAAAUCCGUUAAAAUUUUUUAACAAUUUUUAGCUGUUCGAAAAUCCUAGGAGAGGCAGGCAGACAAGGCAUUUUACAACAAAUGUUCCGAAAAUUCUAGAACUCAAAUCAUCUUCUGCACAGAUAUUUUCCGAAAAUUGACAUUGGGUGCCCCUGAUGUAACUGAAAGGCAUGCAAAAAUUUGAGUGCGUGAUCUGGGAAUAAAGGGGCGGUAGCUGGAAAAAGGAAGGGAGAGGCCAUUAUAAGAAAUGAUUACAGGCUCUGCCACCCUUCUUCUCCCCAGUUCCUCUCAUUAUCAUUUCAAGUUCAUGCUUUCUGAUGCAGACCCGACUGUCUCGGAGCCUGGAACAGGCUAUCAGGGUCCAGUUGUUUUGUUCAAAAGGUGGAUAACGCUAUCCUCUGAAUCUAUCUCUAUCCAGUACAUAACCCAAUCAGUUUUCCUAAUAUUAUCGACUGCUGGACAGUGUUUUACCCACUGGAUAGUGCUAUUUAUUUGAACAACCAGGGCAGAUCAUUUUUCUAUUUUUUAGCAGUUUGAAACUGAAGCUGCAACCACAUUUAUGGGGUAUAACCAUAAAGAUUCAAAUUUGCUUGCUAUAAAGUUUCUUUUUUUCUUUUAAGGAAUUCAAGCUUAUGUAUGGUAUGCUGUAUUCAAUCAAGUCAUUUGUUGCUCGAAUGUCCCCAGCAGAAUCGUAUCCUUACAAGUUGUAAUAAUAUUAACCUGUAACACACUUAUAUGUCAUUAUCUGCUUGUUUUUUUAAUGCUCUCUCUCAUUCAGGAAGACAUUAUUUAGUGGGCAGUUGUUUUUUCUUUUGCGGGAUUUCCCAUUCAUCAUAAACCCACCCAACACUUUAGAUUAAAAAGGACUAGAAGAUUAAACCCUCAGCUACUCUGGAAGUUUCCAGGAAAUUGAUGCAUUUUGAUUUCAGUAAUAUUGAUUAUACCAUGAGCUCUCAUCCAAUAAGAUAGCCUACACAACAGGCAUUAUUAAGGGCACUCACCCAGCUGGCAUGUGAGUGGGAAGUGCAUGAGGACCAUAAAUGGUGCCUGUUGUACAGGCUACCAAUCUGCCAGUCUUUUGAUGUUAUCUUUCUUUACAUGACUGAAAUAGUGAAACAAGUUACUGUAAAAUUCAUAACAAAUUAACUGGUAGUGAAGAAACAAUGUAACCAGAUACUGAAACUUGUGUAUUAUUAGAAAUGAAAUUUUUGUACUAGUUUAUUAGACAGAAUAAUGCUGUGCUUCACCUGUUUCACUGUUCAGAAAAAAAUAGUAAAGGACACUGCUAGGCUAGAAAAGAGGAAAUGGCGAGUAAUCCAACCUCUACUACAAAGUUGGUAUGCAAAACUCCUCUUUUUCUUUCCUGAGAUAGCAGGCUAGCAGACUAAUAUUAUUUCAUUUUGAAUAUUAUUUUACCCUUGAUUCAAACACAGAAAAGAAGGCUUUCUGAAUUACAGAACAAGCAAAUACAAACUACAUUUCUAUGAAACACCAACUGGUCUCAAAUUUAUUCUGAACACAGAUUUGAAUGUGGGAAGCACAAAAGAUGUUCUCUUCAAUAUCUACAGCAAGGUGUGUAAUGCCCUGUGUUUGUGGAAGAUUGUUAAGCCUCCAAGAGGGGUGGGGUACUUCCUAGUUAUAGGUUAGUGGGGAGGUACUGUUAGAUGGGCUCACAUUUUCAACCUGAACAAAGCACAUUAAUGGUCAUUCCACCCAUGGUACAUGUGUUACAGUCAUACCAGGUCAAGCUCCCCCUCCCCCCCCCCAUGAUUCCAUAAUUAACAGAUUUAUUAUUUGAAAGUUGAAUCCAUUGGAAGUUGUAGAUUUCAGAUUCAUCUCUUCAUUCUUGCAUGGGUAAUGAGCCGUGAAAUCACACGUGAGGCAGUUUUGAAAUUUUUACCAGCUCAGUUUCCCUGAAUUGAUGCAAAUGUCUUUGAAGCAAUUUUAUCUCUUCAAAGAUUUUCAAUCUGACCAAAUACAGAGUAUUUCUUUUAAAUAUUCACUACUCAUUAUGCAUGCAUGAAGGCCAAUUUGAAUUUGAUACUAGUUACAGGAACAACUUAGUAUUCGAUUCAUUAUUUUUUCAAAAAAUAAUCAAUUCAUUAAUAGAAUCUUGGGGGGUAUGCUUGACGUGCCUUGACUAUUAAACAAAAGUUUAACAUGUUUUUUGGUGCCAGGGAAUUCCAUAGUGAAGGUAAAACAGGAAGAGAGGAAUUUGUGAUCAGUGCCAUGUUACUAAUUAUGGUGCCACAGUUACUUAAGCUGAUUGUCCUCAAUAACACUUCAUCAUCCAAAGUGUAAGCGAAUAGGAGGUUUUUAAGUUCUUAUGUCCAUGUUCAUGCAUAUGACGUGACUGUUCCCUCUAAUGCACUAAAGCUGCUGGAAUGUGUUUUGUGUAAUCAGUGAGUACCUAGCCUGGGAUUUAAGCAUUGGUGAUGUGACAGCUGGAAAUAUGUCUUUUUUAUUUUGUAGGCUACUGCAGUCUAGGAACUUUAAAGCUUACUGCAGCACUAGAUUAGAAACAAGCCCCAUUCCAAUUUUUUUUGGUCAAUUAAUGCUAAACACUUUUGGGCUUUUUAUCCUUCUCUCUUCAGAUUUAUGUCGAAUAUGUGGUAAAAAAUCCACUUUGUCGCCUGGAUGAACCCAUUCAAAGCGAGCUGUUUGCUUCCAAGUUGAAUACGUUUAUCCGAAGUUUGCCCAUCUACAACUGAUCAAGAACACAUUGACAGUUUACUUGUGUACUGAGCAUUAAAAAAAUAAUGAAGCCAAGAUUAGCAUAAGGACAUUUCUUGCAAGAUAAUCAUACAUGCCAGUUUAUAUUAACAGAAUGAAUCUUCUUUCAAAUCAGCUAUUAAUGGAGAACAGUUCACAAAUGCAUCUCAGAAAACAUUUGUCAUGAUUGAAGUUAACCAUCAACUUAAUGUUAUUUUUAAUAUUACAAAAAAAGGAAAAUAUUAAAAUAUGAGGUGCUGCAUGUCACAACAUGGGCUUGAAAAAUCAUGAAACAUUAACAGGAAUGAGUGUGCCCUCCUUUCCUGUCAACAUUGUACAGUUUUCACAUGCGAAUAAUCCCCAAAGCAAGGAUGCUGGACAAACACAGAACUAGUUUUGUUAGUGGAUCUAAACAUAACAAGACAGUUUUCUAGACGUUCC